AUGAAAACUUUAGGCGAGUUUAUUAUAGAGAAGCAGCAGGAUUUUCCAAAUGCCACUGGCGAACUAACGGCGCUAUUAGCUGCCAUUAAGUUGGCGGCUAAAAUUAUUCAUCGCGACAUCAACAAAGCCGGUUUAGUCGAUAUUUUGGGUUAUACUGAAAAACAGAAUGUACAGUGCGAGAGGCAGACCAAACUCGAUCAAUUUGCCAAUGAGACCUUUAAAGCGGCUCUUGAGGCGCGCGGUGAAGUUGCUGGGAUCGCUUCUGAAGAAGAGGAAAAUUUUAUCGCCUUCACGCAGGAGAGGGCUCGAAAAGGGAAAUAUGUGGUAUUGCUAGAUCCACUGGAUGGCUCCUCUAAUAGUGAUGUUAAUGUUUCCGUCGGUACCAUCUUCUCCAUCUAUCAUCGCUUGUCACCGAUAGGCUCCCUAGUCACCCUCAAUGAUUUCUUACAACCAGGGAAUCAACAGGUGGCAGCUGGUUAUGUCAUCUACGGCUCUUCCACGAUGCUGGUCUAUACCACUGGCCAUGGAACCCAUGGUUUUACCUAUGAUCCCACUUUGGGAGUCUUUUGCCUCUCUCACGAAUCGAUUCAAACACCAACCCAAGGGAACUUUUACUCGGUUAAUCAGGGGAAUCAGUACCAAUUUCCUUCGGAGGUGCAGCAAUAUAUCCAUUAUUGUCAAACCAGGGAUGUUGCUACUAGCCGCCCCUAUAGCGCAUGUUACAUCGGCUCUCUAGUCGCUGAUUUUCAUCGCAAUCUCUUAAAAGGGGGGAUAUACCUUUACCCCAGUACCCAAACCCACCCUCAGGGUAAAUUACGCCUUCUUUAUGAGUGCAACCCCAUCGCCCUACUUGCCGAGCAAGCAAGCGGGCGUGCUACUGAUGGAAGUCAAUGGAUUUUAGAUAUUCAACCAAUUUCUCUCCAUCAGCGAUCCUCGCUUUGGGUGGGCUCCUCUGAAAUGGUAGCCAAGGCAGAAUCGUUCAUACAACCCUUAUAA